AUGAAGUCGGAUGUGUCGAACUUCUUGUCACCUUGGGAGACCCUGCCGGAAAGCGAACCUCCGCUGUGCAUCGCAGUUCGACGCCCAGAGUCACCUCCACGUCGCUAUGAGGUAUGCUCACCAGUACAUCAACUUGACGAGAAAGCCGGCUUUCAUCCUGCUCGAUCGACGAUUGACCAGUGGUUUAUUGUGAGGAGAGUGAUCGAAGUGUGGCUGUGGUAUUUGAAGUUUUUGCAAUUAGCUUUUCUGGAUUCGGAAGCUUCCGACUCUCCUCAUCGAGGCCGUAUUUUCAACGAGCUCCGUGCCAAUGGUGUUCCAGGAAAGUUCAUACGUCUGAUCGAAGACAUAAAUAGAAGAACACCAGCUGGGUUUAGUUCACAGACGAAAAGAGCCCCAAUUGCACGUCCCCUGGUUGAUCUCGAGUACACCGACGAUGUAGUAACAUUCGCUUCUAAAAGCGCGACUUUGCAACAUGUUGUUAACUAUGCAUCGAAAUUAGAUCCAGUCCAGACUGCCCUAACAAAUGCAAGCAGAUGCGGGUCAGAACGACGUGAAGCACGGUGCACUUGCAUAAGAGGUUGCGCUCGAAGCGACGUGUUGGAGAUAGUGGCUGGAAUUGACGUGGGACCAUUGGGAACUCCAGCGAUGGAUUGUGAUAGCAAGAACCCUCCGCGAUCGUAA